ACGCAAUUCCCGCGCGAAGAUGUGCGAUUCUGCGAGACCUUAAUUUUGAACUUGGUCUCGAGAUCGAUUUAGAUUCGUUUCGUUUUAUUUGCGUAUCGAUGCCGGGAAGGUGGCGCUAAUUUCACAAUUUCGCAUCAGCUGAUGACAUAUGACACGACUGUCCAAAGGGUGAUCGUAGCAGAUAUGAUCAUAGAGCGAAAUCUAACCGAUUCCAGUAUCUUCCGCGGUCAUGAACGGUGCCGCUCGAUGAAACGCACGUCCUUCCGUUUUGUUAAUUAAUUUUUGUUUAUAUCAUUUGGUUUAUCGCGAUUGUUGUUACUUUGCGCGACAGCAACAAGUAACAGGAUCGGUACGAAUCUGCACGUCAUAUCGAUUUGAUCGAAUCGCAUCAAAAAUGAGCAAUCAAAAGACGGUGCCGAACGCCGUUAAGUUCCUAAUUGGAGGCACUUCUGGCAUGGCAGCUACAUGUUUUGUACAGCCAUUAGAUUUAAUAAAAAAUCGCAUGCAAUUAAGUGGCACAAAAACAUCCACGUUUAGCGUUACAUCGGGAAUUCUGAAGAACGAAGGCGCUUUGGCAUUAUAUUCCGGUUUGUCUGCUGGUUUAAUGCGACAAGCCACAUACACUACCACUAGACUCGGUAUAUACACCUGGCUUAUGGAAAUUGCUUCGAAAGAUAGCCAACCAAGUUUUAUCACGAAAGCGGCACUUGGCAUGACUGCUGGUUGUGUCGGAGCAUUUGUAGGUACACCUGCGGAAGUAGCUUUAAUUAGGAUGACUGCUGAUGGAAGAUUACCGAUAGCCGAUAGACGCAAUUACAAAAAUGUGUUUGAUGCAUUAUUCCGUAUAAUUAGAGAAGAGGGUCUCUUCAUGUUAUGGCGUGGCGCCAUUCCCACGAUGGGACGUGCCAUGGUUGUAAACGCAGCACAAUUGGCAUCUUAUUCCCAAGCCAAACAGGCACUGUUGAAUACAGGAUAUUUCGAGGAAAAUAUUGUGUUACACUUUGCGAGCUCUAUGAUUUCUGGUUUGGUCACUACUACUGCUUCCAUGCCUGUGGAUAUAGCCAAGACGAGAAUUCAAAACAUGAAAACUAUAAACGGCAAACCAGAAUUUACAGGCGCGAUUGACGUUCUGAGCAAAGUCAUAAGAAACGAGGGUUUGUUUGCAUUGUGGAAAGGCUUCUUCCCGUAUUACGCGCGUCUAGGUCCACAUACAGUGUUGACGUUCAUCUUUUUGGAACAAAUGACCGCUUCGUACAAAACGUAUUUAGCAUAACAACAGGUAUACAUUGUCAAACAAAGUGUUAUCAAUGUUAUCAGUCUUCUGAAUAUUUUUUUGUAACUUUUCUCGUAUUUUUACAAGUGUUAUUUUUUUGACAAAUCUAUUUUGUUAGUGUAUUAUAUCCUUUUAUGUCAAAGGUCACGCACACAAUUGCAAUAUGUCGAUAUGUAUAUACACCCAUAGAAUUUAUUUUCUUAUACCUGUAAUAAAAAUUACAUAGACAUGUAUAGCGAAUUAAAGAAACCUAGUAGUCGUACGUGUAUUAGAAUUUUCGAUAUAUUUUUCAUAAGAAACAAAAAAAAAUAUUCCUAUCUUAGUUAGGAACAAUUGUGUUCUUAUAUAUGGCAUUUUAUAUUCCACCAGUCGUACAGUUCACAUUUAGGUAUAGAAAAACAAAAAGCGUACAUUCUAUAUACACAAAUAUAAAUAAACACGUUAGCUUUUCUUCCUCUGCUAACGAUCGUUCAAUUCAUCUACAUGUAAUUCUUUGUUAUUUUGUGUAUUAUACUACUUGCGGCAUGAAGGUCAGCGUUUUUUGUGUAAGAUGUAUAUUGCCAUUUGUGUUAAUAAGAAUAUAAAUUUAACAAAAGUGGAAAAUGGGAAAAUAUGUAUAUAUGUUAUUAAUAAUAU